CCCCGUCUCCCCGUCUUCUUCGGUUCCUCGUUCUCCCCGAUGUAUGCCUUCCCCCACAUUACUUCAUUGUCGCCAUGAAGUCCACCUCCAAUAAACACUUCUGCUGCACUAUCUGUCAGCGAGGGUUUACCCGAAUUGAUCAUCUAAAACGUCAUCAUCUCCGCCACUCCGGUGUGAGACCUUAUUCAUGCGUCUUUUGUCAUGAAUCGUUUGCCCGCUGUGAUAACCUUCGCGACCACUAUUCAGACUGCGCCAAACGGGCCGGUCGCAAGAUCCCUGAGACCGGCCAGAGAGGUCGCCGCCGCCAUGCCUGCCAAUCGUGCACGUCCAUGAAACUCCGAUGCGAUGGCUUGAGUCCGUGCGGAUCCUGCCAGAAAAGAAACCUCCUUUGCAAUAACGGUCGCAAGGAUGGACCCAACUCUCCCUCGGACGAAGCUUCUCCGUCGUCGAGACAAGACGGCCCCCCAUCCGAUCGCGGUUCUAUCCAAUUUCUCUUAAACGGCGGCACCGAUGGCUUUACCGAAGACUUCCUCCUGCCGCCCCGUGAUGACCGAGUCCGCGGCUUGGAAUACAAUCGCAAGGGCAUGGAGGACUAUGGGGACUACCUCGGGAAUGAAGGGUCGGAGUCGCCGCCUUCGAUCGAGGUCCCGGACCCCGAUCCAUCGGGGCUCUCGCUUUUCCAGGAUUCCCUGUUCGAGCUCUUUGCGGGUCCCUUGGGAGAUCCCGACAAGUCAUUAGGAGAGCAGUACACCGACGUCCCCAUGCAGACGGUGGUGGCGCCGUGCCUGGAUCUCAACCUGGGAUUGCCCGUCCCGGAGCCCAUGAUUAUCGAACCGGAAAGACCGUUUGCCAUCAACCUGGUCGACGCCAUAGUGCGACGAGUAUGGUCCCUUCCCUUGGAUCCGAAAACCCAGGGAGAGAUCACGACCAUGGCGGAAUCCUUAUUGACGACCGCUCGCAUACGCAAGUACGUCGCGCUGUAUUUCAGGUACUGGGAGCCCAGCCUGGCCAUGCUCCACGGGCCGACGUUCGACCCGGAGACCGUCCCCAUGGUCCUUCUCCUCGGAGUGGCCUUCAUGGGUGCCAUGUAUUCGUCGGAUGAGCAGGAGACGCGCGCGGCCAAGCGACUGCUGGACUUUGCGGAACUGGUCGUUUUUUCCAACGACGUGUUCGCCCCGGAGAACGAUAUCACCUCCACGUUCUGUGGGACCGGCGGUCGCAAGGACGAGGGCAACGACUGGACCUAUUUUCAAAAUUUCCAGGCGGGGUUCGUCAUCUUGAUCGUCCAGUACUGGUCCGGCUGCCGGGUGUCGCGCAAUCGCGCCAUGGAGGUUCGGUUCAGUGAACUGGUCAACGUUGCGCGCCGGAUGGGCCUGUCGAAGUGUCGACACGGAGCCACUGACCGGAGUCACGAGCUGCUCUGGAUCCGGCGAGAAUGUCGCAUUCGGACCAUGAACAUCAUAGUGCUACUCGACUGCGCCUUCUCCUUCUACCAAAACUACCCCUGCCGACUCGCGCACACAGAAAUCGCCUGUGACAUGCCCUCGAUCCAAUCCCUAUUCUUCUGCCAACAUCCUUUCGCGGACCCCAACUACCACGUAACGCGCGACCAACCGACGGUGUACGAGGCUUUCCAAUGUCUCUUUACGGGGCCCGGUGGUGCCGAUGGCGUCGCAACUAGCGCCGCCAACGCACAAGACACGGUCCGCAUGGCGAGCCGCACCGUGUUCGACAUGUUCAUUCUAGUGCACCUACUAUACUCCUUCAUCAACACCCACAUGACCCUCCUCGGCUCACUCCUACGCAAACCAACACUGUCACACCGGAACUCCACAUCCGAGGAUCCCAGCAACAAACGACCCCAGCUGCGCCUCCCCGAAGACAGCACACUAGCAGGGAUCCGCAAGGCACUAACAAGAUGGCACGACCACUGGUCGACCCUACGCACGACAAUCCCACCCCACGAAUGGGCGUCCAUGGGCUUCUACAAAAACGGAUACAACUUCUGGCUCGUGUCGCAGCUGAUGGUCACGAAGAAGGACAGUAUGGACGUUGUCAUGAACAUGGAGGUGAAGUGUGAGGAUAAGCUGGAGAAGCUGAAGGUGUUGCUCCAGGAUGAUAGUGAGUAGGUUGGAUGGUAGCGAGUAGGGUAGGGUUGGUGUGGAUUAGAUGUGUAGCAUUAGCGGAGGGUGGCGUGUUUGGUUUUUAUAUGAUUGAUGACUAUUAGCAUUGAUAGCGCUGGGGUAUAUAUAGGGACUGAUUGCAUUUGUAUAUUGAUGGUUGGUGUUG